GGACCUUACCCCAUCAUAUUGAUCCAAACACACAGACACCAUGCAGUUCCUACUGUUACUGGGAGCCCUAAUGUUGGGCCUGGGGCCGGCACUUCUGGCCCCACCCUGGAAAACUCCAAAAGAACCCAUGACCACAGAAGUUCUCACCAACGGGGAUCCCUGUUACUUUCCCUUCCAAUAUCGAGGCCAGCUGCACCACAAAUGUACCAAGAGGGGCCGUCCAGGACCCCAUGCCUGGUGUGCAACCACUGACAACUAUGACCGGGAUCAGCAGUGGGCCUAUUGCCUGGAGUCCAAGAAAGUGAAAGAUCACUGCAAGCACAAUCCAUGCCAGAAUGGAGGGAUCUGCUUCAACUCUUUUCUUGGACCCCGCUGCCUCUGUGCCCCACACCUCACCGGGCAGCACUGCCAAAAAGAAAAGUGCUACCAGUCUCAUCUGAGGAAGUUCUUUGAUGAAGAUGAGACAUGGCUUCGUGCAGAGCCACCAAGAGUGGCCAAGUGCCAGUGUAAAGGCCCAAGGGUUGACUGCAAGUGGUUGCCAAGCAGUCGGGCCUGCCUGGACAACCCCUGUCUCAAUGGAGGGAAGUGCUUGGAGGCAGAGGGCCAACCUGUCUGCCAUUGUCCUCCAAGUUAUGCAGGAUACUUUUGUGAAAUAGACACCAGUGCGAGAUGUUACAAUGGCCGGGGACUCACCUACCGGGGAACAGCCCAGACCACAUUGUCAGGAAAGCUAUGCGAACCCUGGUCCUCAGAAGCCACAUUCCGACAUCUGCCCAUGGAACAGGCGCUGACCAGGGGUUUGGGCCAUCACCCCUACUGCAGGAACCCAGACAAUGACACCAGCCCCUGGUGCUUUGUUCUCUCUGGGACCCGGAUGAGCUGGGAGCACUGUAGUCUGCCCAUAUGCCAGGAUCCAACUCAGAGUCCAGACAUUGCAUCACAGCACCCAACUACUCCUGCUUCAACAUAUUCGAAAGGAUUGAGCAGAGAGAGCCUCGGGACUCGGAAGAGUCUUCGGAAGGAUAGCUCUGUGACCUGCGGCCAGAGACAAAAGAAGAGGCUCUCUGGGCUGAGUCGCGUUGUGGGAGGAUUGGUGGCAUUCCCAGGGGCACACCCCUACAUAGCAGCGCUCUACCUGGACGAUAUCUUCUGCGCUGGCAGCCUCAUUAGCUCGUGCUGGGUUGUCACAGCAGCACACUGCCUGGAGAACAGGCCUGCCCCAGAACUGCUGAAGGUGGUCCUGGGCCAAGAGCGAUACAAUGAGAGCUGUCAGCAGUGCCAGGAAUUCUCGGUGAGCGAAUACCUGCUGCACGAGCACUUCCGGACCGACACGUUCCAGCAUGACAUUGCGCUGGUGCGGCUGCAGGAGACGAAGGACGGCGGUUGUGCCCAGUUCUCGCCCUACGUCCAGCCGGUCUGCCUCCCCGAUACUCCAGAGCCUCCGAGUAACGUCUCGAGCUGCCAAGUCGCCGGCUGGGGUCACCAGUAUGAAGGGGCCGAGGACUAUUCCAGUUAUCUGCAGGAGGCUCAGCUUCCGAUCAUUUCCUACGAACUCUGCUCAGCUCCAGACCUGCACGGGACAGCUGUCACGCAGGACAUGCUGUGCGCCGGUUUCUUGGAAGGGGGCACAGAUGCCUGUCAGUGGUCCAGGGCGACUCCGGUGGACCGCUUGUGUGCGAAGAGACGAAGGAUCAGCUCACUCUUCGUGGAGUUGUAAGCUGGGGCACAGGAUGUGGGAAUCAAAACAAGCCUGGAGUCUACGCCAAUGUAGCCAAUUACGUAGGAUGGAUCCGGGAGCACACUGCAUCGUGACAGACCCUGGGCUUAACUCCCCUUGGCUCGGGCACUCAGGGCCAGUGGGAGGUUGGUAAGGGGGCGGGUCUAGAAUGAAGAGUGUGAGAUUGCA